AAACCAAAGAUUCCCCAUUGGAUCAUUCUUUUCGCACCCUCAUGAUUACAGAACUAUAAAUAUCCCACAGUGUCUCAUUUCCGCCGAGUUGGAUUGUUCUUUGUUGGUCACCUGGUCAGAGUCGGUAGUUUGUCGUAUACCAUUUGUGUGUAAUGGCAGCAGUUGAAGAUAACAGAGUUUUUGUGGGUGGUCUCCCCUGGUCAGUUGGUGAAGAUGACCUUCGUGAAACCUUUUCCAAGUACGGAGAAGUUGUAGAUGCAAGGGUGAAUAUCCGUGUUCCUUUUGUUUUGGGUUAAACUUGGCUCCCUAACGUCCUGCACCCAUUCUCGAGGUUCCUUUUACUGGUCUUUUUAAUACAACUUGUGCCAUUUGACAAAGUCCCACAGAGUGUAGAGGGUAGUAGAGUUGCCAAGUGUAGUUUGUAUAUUUUGGUCCUUUUUCACGGUUGGGAACCCUCGAAAAUAGUGUGAGGAACUGCAAUUGGGUUGACUAGUGUACUCCAAAGUUAUUGUUAUUAUUGAGUGCUUACAAUUGUGUCUUUGUUUCUGCUAUGGGAAGGUUGUCGUGGAACGUGAAACUGGUCGUUCACGUGGAUUUGGAUUUGUAUCCUAUGCAGAAGGCUCUUCGGUAGAGGAAUGCAUUGCAGCUUUGGAUGGUCAGGUAAGUCGUGUUGUUUGUGUCUAUGGAGUAUUUUUUCGUUCUGACAACGGAUAGGAUAUGCAAGGACGCACCAUCCGUGUGAACAAAGCAAUGUCCCGUGAACAACGAGAAGGUGGAGGGGAUUUCUCUCGUCGUGGUGGUCGUGGACGUUACGGUGGUUUUCGUUCUGGCCCUUAUGAGAGGCGUGACUUUGACCGCAGAAGGGACUAUGAAAGGAGAGAUAAUGGACAUGGACAUGGUGGUAGAGGUGGUCGCAGUGGAGGUUUCCGUCGUCGCGAAGACUUUGAAUGAAGUUGCAUUUUGUUUCAGUUGCUUAAGUGUUUGUUGUUAGUCUCGUUGACUCUUUAUUGUUCGUUUCAUAGUAGAGCUUUGCUUGGAGUAUUGCUUUUGUUUCGCUAUACACGCACUUUAAAGCCGAGUAAAAAUUUCUUUUUUAAGAAUAUGCUUUUUAUUUUUAGUUAGUCUCCUUCCGUCGAUGCUUGACUCGGUACAGGUUUCUCAAGAUGCAAAGUAUUUCUACUGGUGAUAUACAAUACUGGAAUGUGGUUUUGUUUCCUACAAAAGUGUAUUAGCCUUUUAUCACAAGUUGCAACAAAAAUCUUUUUCUUCUGUCUUAUGAUGCUCUCGAUACACUUGGACGCGUCCGUGUUCAUUGGUUGUUGACUUUCGUGCUGACAGGGCAAGACUUGUAACCGUUUAGCAAGCAACGCUGCACCACGAUGACUCUCUCCAAGAGCUUUCAAUUCGCUACGAAUACAGUUUGUCACCAAACACUUCACUUGACGUUUGCCAAAUAUGCUUUGCACAAGUUCCUUGAUCACUAGCUUCCUAAAAAGUGUCUGAUAAAGAAAAGUACCGUCCAUCAAAAUUUCAAAGGGUUCUUGAAAUCCAAAGUGCUUUUGGUACUGAUAAAUU